AUGUCAACGCCAAUUGGUAUGUAUUUGCCAUCAUCAUCAUCAUUAUCGUUAUCUCACGUUUCAGUAGCUAACCAACAAUUGUAGUGCUCGACCAAGGAACAGGGUUUGUGAAAAUUGGCCGCGCAGGCACAAAUUUCCCCGACUAUACCUUCCCCUCCAUGGUGGGUCGACCAAUCUUGCGAGCCGAAGAAAGAAACAUCUUGGUGCCGGACGAUGUGGAGAUCAAGGAUAUAAUGUGCGGCUCCGAAGCGAGCCAAGUGCGGUCUCUUUUGCAGAUCAACUACCCGAUGGAAAAUGGUAUCAUCAAGAACUGGGAAGACAUGGAGCACUUGUGGGACUAUGCCUUUUACGAUAAGAUGAAAUUGAACCCUCAAGGCCAAAAGAUCUUGUUGACCGAGCCGCCAAUGAACCCGUUGAAGAAUAGAGAAACCAUGUGCCAAGUCAUGUUUGAGAAGUACGGGUUUGGCGGUGUCUAUGUUGCCAUUCAGGCCGUGCUAGCCUUGUAUGCGCAAGGGUUAUCCUCGGGUGUCGUGGUGGACUCGGGUGAUGGGGUCACGCACAUUGUGCCCGUUUACGAAUCGGUUGUGUUGAACCACUUGACCAAAAGGUUGGAUGUUGCCGGCAGAGACGUGACUAGACACUUGAUAAAUUUGUUGUUUCGUCGAGGCUAUGCAUUCAAUCGAACUGCCGAUUUUGAAACUGUGCGCCAGAUCAAGGAGAAGUUGUGCUAUGUCAGCUACGAUUUGGGAUUUGACUCCAAGUUGGCAACAGAGACGACUACAUUGGUUGAAUCGUAUGAGUUACCAGAUGGAAGAGUGAUUAAAGUGGGCAGCGAGAGAUACGAGGCGCCUGAAUGUUUGUUUCAACCGCAUUUGGUCGAUGUGGAACAACCUGGAGUUGGAGAAACAUUGUUCAACACAAUCCAAGCUGCUGAUGUCGACGUCAGGUCUUCUUUAUACAAGGCCAUUGUUCUAUCCGGCGGGUCGUCAAUGUACCCUGGUUUGCCUUCUAGAUUGGAAAAGGAAUUGAAGCAAUUGUGGUUGACCAAAGUUCUCCAUGGCGACCCAUCGAGGUUAGACAAGUUCAAAGUGAGAAUAGAAGACCCGCCCAGAAGAAAACACAUGGUGUUUAUCGGAGGUGCCGUGUUGGCCAAUAUCAUGGCUGACAAAGAUCACAUGUGGAUUUCAAAACAGGAAUGGGAAGAGCAAGGACCUAGAGUAUUAGAAAAGUUGGGACCACGUUGA